CUUCGGACGGUGCCCACGGAGGCCGCGAUGCUGCUGGAGCGGGUCCGCGCCGGUUCGGAGAAGGCAGCGGAGCUCUGCCCCUUCCCGCGGAGCCCAGAGAUCCCGCUGUGCGCCGGCUGCAACCAGCACAUCGUGGACAGGUUCAUCCUCAAAGUCCUGGACCGGCACUGGCACAGCAAGUGCCUGAAAUGCUCCGACUGCCAGACGCAGCUGGCCGAGAAGUGCUUCAGCCGCGGGGACGGCGUCUACUGCAAGGAAGACUUCUUCAAGCGCUUCGGGACGAAGUGUGCCGCCUGCCAGCAGGGCAUCCCCCCGACCCAGGUGGUGCGCCGGGCACAGGACUUCGUUUACCACCUGCACUGCUUCGCCUGCAUCGUCUGCAAGCGGCAGCUGGCCACCGGCGACGAGUUCUACCUCAUGGAGGACAGCAGGCUGGUCUGCAAGGCGGACUACGAGACGGCCAAGCAGAGAGGUACCCCUUGCCCUGUCCCUUCCACCCCCGAGGGCAGCAGGGAGGCGGCCCGGGGCUGUCCUGCCCUCCGGGACAGGCUCACACACCGGGCGGGAGGGCGGAGGGAGGGACCGGGGAGGGUCGGGGGUCCCGCGUCCCCCGUGGUACCUUCACCCCUAACUCGCCCCGCGUCGGCAGAGGCCGAGUCUACAGCCAAGAGGCCCCGCACCACCAUCACGGCCAAGCAGCUGGAGACCCUCAAAAACGCUUAUAACAACUCGCCCAAACCCGCGCGGCACGUCCGGGAGCAGCUCUCGUCGGAGACGGGGCUGGACAUGCGGGUGGUGCAGGUCUGGUUCCAGAACCGCAGGGCCAAGGAGAAAAGGCUGAAAAAAGACGCGGGGAGGCAGCGGUGGGGGCAGUACUUCAGGAAUAUGAAGCGAUCCCGGGGGACAUCCAAGUCGGACAAGGACAGCAUCCAGGAGGAGGGGCCCGACAGCGACGCCGAGGUUUCCUUCACAGACGAGCCCUCCAUGUCCGAAAUGAGCCAUUCCAACGGGAUUUACAGCAACCUCAGCGAGGCCUCCCCGGCGCUGGGGCGGCAGGCCGGCCCCAACGGGAGCUUUGCCCUGGAGCACGGCGGGAUCCCGCCUCAGGACCAGUACCACGAGCUGCGCUCCAACAGCCCCUACGGCAUCCCCCCGUCCCCGGCGUCCCUGCAGCCCCUGCCGGGCCACCAGCCCUUAAUCUCCAGCUUGGUGUACCCAGACAACGGCUUGGCCAUCAUGGGACAGAGCGCACCCGGCGUGCCCCAGCCCAUGAGGGUCCUGGCUGGCAAUGGACCGAGCUCCGACCUCUCCACCGGCAGCAGCGGCGGGUACCCCGAUUUCCCGGCCAGCCCGGCCUCCUGGCUGGAUGAGGUCGACCACGCUCAGUUUUGAUACUGGGGCCACCCCCAGGCAGUGGGAAGGGAAGGACUCGGUGCUGUUAAAUGUCACCUGCUCUUGGAAAGGACAAAGGGAUGAGCCCUCAGUGCUGAGCGGGGCAGGAACGCGAUGAGGAGGGAGCAAAGGGGAUUUCGGAGAUGACCCUGGCAUGAAGAUGAUGGACAAAGGCCCUGGCACUGCAACCAUUGGCACCCGGAGCGUCCCAACCAAACUGAUUCUUGUGUCUUUACCAAACACCGAGACUUGUGCUUUACAGAUUUGAUAUGAGGUAUUUUGCAUUUUGUUGUCAGUGCAUUCUCCAAAGCAAGGACUUGCUCCGUCACCCAUCCACACCGAUACAUUUUUAAGCGAAAAUAAAAUCCUCAUCCACGGUGAAAGGUGUGACAAUGUCUAUAUUUCUAUAGGAGAAAUGUUCAUAGUGAAUCACUUCAGAAAUCCAUGGUAGGAAACUUCUCUGUUCUUCCAACAGAUUUUUUUAAAGCGCACCAAUGCGGUAUGUUUUGUUUUACUUUGAAUUUACAUUAACUUUUCUAAAGCGAAAUGCUCUUAAUAUGCCAAUCAUUUAUCAACAUCCCUUUUUCUUUGUAAAAUGAAAAUCAUAUGUUAAUUCUGCUUCUCCCCUCUUUAAUUUGUAGAUUGCUAGGUUGACUCUUCCAUUUAAGCAUUAAACCGUGAAUAGAUGUAUUUAUUACCAAGUAAUUCCACGUUUAUCACGAGGUCAAGAGGUGAAUUUUCUUGACCCAGGGACACUGGUGGUGGAACUGGGUUGUGGGUCUUAAGCUUUUCCUUCAAAUUUCUUUGCAUCAGUUUUACUGCAAAGUGUCUCAAAAAUCACCCUGAUGUCUUGUUGCCAAAAAUCUUCUCGGGGGGGUCGGGCUGGUUUAGGAUGAGCCCUUCCCCAGGCACUGCUGGAGGGAGCACCCCCUUCCCUGGGGACACGUCUCUGUUCCAGGCAUUUAUUUGUGUAUUUCCACGGAUAUCGUGCAAGCUGAUUGUGAGGAAAGGCAAGACAAUAUGUAUAUUGUUAUCUGUACAAAUUAUGGAAUUAACUGUAGAUUAUGUGGAUGUCCAGUGUCUUUUAUUUAUAUUCUCGCUUUCUCUCUGAUGAUCAAAUACUUCAAGAUUACAAAUAAAUUUGUCAGCUAAACUUGACAUAGUCUUUUGCUAAAUUCACAUCAAUAUCAGUAAUUAAAAAACCUGAACUAAAAGCUCUUAAAACUUGAUCAAACAAAGUGUUGAAAUAUUCCCUUUCAAUAGAGGAGCAAACCCACUGAUGUGGAAAUGCUUUGGAGCAAAAAAAAAAAAGAGGACAUGGGAGGCUGGCAGUCCUUGGGAGAUCUGAACAGGACUGUUCUGGCUUUAAUCAUAAUUUUGAUGGGACAUUGUUAUUUUUCAGCAUUUGUGACAAAGGAGGUGGCUGAUACAGCAACAGGAAACAGAGUCUGAUGUUAUCUGUCUGCAGAAAGUUGUGAAACACAGAUACGGAAAUAUUUCAGAAUAUUUUCAGAAAGAAAGGGAAAAAACUCCUAAGGGAGUCAGUUUGACCAAACAUAUACAUAUAUAUAUGUAUUUACACAUGAAUAUAUAUCCAGAUAAGCACACACAUCCACGUGUCCGUGGUCACACUGGUGGGAAUAUUUGCCCCGAGGUUUUCCACGUGCCCAUGAGAGAUCCACUCCGAGAGCCAUGGCAGGGACAGGAGAAACCCCAGGCAAAAAUUUGUUUCCUUCACUUCUGAGCUCCUGAGUCCAGAGCUGGGCUCAGCAG